AUGGGGCGCAGCAGGUCUCGCGACACGUCUGCCGGGAAGACAAAAAGCACACCGGGGCGGGAGAAAAAGCGAGAGAAGAAGAGGAAGAGAAGUUCUUCAUCGUGUUCAUCUUCCUCCUCCAGCAGCAGCGCUAGCCCGUCCCCCAAAAGGAAACCCCGUCCUCCCUCCAGCAAGAGCCAAGAUAAGAGAGAAAACCCGAAGAAGAAGAAAAGGAGUCGGAGCUCCUCCACCUCCUCUUCCUCCUCAUCAAGCUCUUCCUCCUCUUCGUCCUCAUCCAGCGAUGAGGAAGCAAAGAGGAAGAGGCAGAGGAGGAAGGCCAAGAAGAAACUGAAAAAGAUGAAAGCCCGGGAAAAAAAGGAGAGAAAGAAAGAGAAAAAGAGGCUGAAGAAGUUGAAGAAGAUGGCAGAGGCAGCGGAGAAGGCCCUGGUGCCUACACUUCCCAGCAUGCCUGUGGAGAAGCCGCCACCUAUCCUGGAGCCGUGGCUGAGUGAGGACACCAGUGAGCAUGGCCCAGCCAUGACGGACGAACAGAAGGCCCGCAUCUCCACCAAGAGGCCCAUGACCAAGGAGCAGUGGGAGGCCCAGCAGAGCGUGAUCCGCAGGGUGGUGGACCCGGAGACCGGUCGUACCCGGCUGGUGCGGGGAGAGGGGGAGAUCCUGGAGGAGAUCGUGACCCGCGAGAAGCACAAAGACAUCAAUAAGAAAGCCACCAAGGGGGACGGAAACGCUUUCCAGAAGAGACUGGGCGUCAAUCGAUAGAGUCCCGGGGUGGUGUGUGCACCCAGGGGAAAGGGUUUGGGACAGUCUGGGUGUACGGAAGACUGGGGGGAACGUGGGUAAAGAGCCUUAACAAUGGAAUACUCUUCCAGGGUAAGGGUCGAACCCCCCCCCCCCCCCCAGUACCAGCUGCACCGCAGAACCCUACCAGUGCUGUAAUCAUUCAGCUGCUUUGAAAUACAGAAGCUUCAGAUGGGACGUUUUCUUCCUCCGAGAUCUCAAGUGCUAUUCGGUCACAUUCAGUCAAAUAAGAGCACAGAUCACACAGUCAUUUCUUUUAACUGUUUUUCCAUGUUUUAUAUUUCCAACACCACAUUAUAACAGAGUUGGCCAUUUUGUAUUCGUGCGUUGUUGCAAAUUCGUGGACGCAGCCAUAUCGACUCUGUUAGAUCCUUCCUCGUCACACGGCCGAAUCGUGGUCUUUUCACAACGCAGAAAGAGAAACGCGUUUCGUUUCUUGACAGCGAAGCGGCAAAGAAUACGCGACUCAGACAGACCUUCGGGUGUUCAUAUUUAUUUAUACACUGUACAGACACAAGCAGAGGAAGAAAGGAGCCGUCCAGCUGUCUACAGCGCUGACGUUACGUACAGAGAAACCGCACAGGGAGCAGAGCCAGGGAAGGGGAGCCAUGUUGGCGUGAGGUGGUCCACACAUUCAGCAUAAUGAGGCCUCUCUCACACGCUCUCUGAAAUAACACAGCGGGACGAGGCAGCCCCUCAGAGCAGCGCUCGGACCGCGGGAGGGGGCGGCUCGUUUUGGGAUCGCCCGUCUCCCGCUGUGUGGUCACCUGACCUCAAAUCUCUCACUGUGUACUGUGUUAAUUUGUUUCACGUGUGCUGAAUAUUUUAUGAUUUUUUUUCCCCCCCAGAAGACCAUUUGUGUAACAGUUCCCUGUAAAUAAAACGCGCUAAAAUCUC